GUGUCGGGUGGAGGUGGUGGUAGUGGCGGUGGUGGGAGCUAGGUACCUAGGGUAGUAGGUGGGCCGGGUUGCGCCGGCUCUGGUCCCGACCUUGCCUCCUUCUCCCAUUGCGCCGCGGGGCCCACGAUGCCGCAGUACCAGACCUGGGAGGAGUUCAGUCGCGCGGCCGAGAAACUCUACCUCGCCGACCCUAUGAAGGCACGUGUGGUUCUCAAAUAUAGACAUGCUGAUGGGAGUUUGUGUAUGAAAGUAACAGAUGAUUUAGUUUGUUUGGUGUAUAGAACAGACCAAGCUCAAGAUGUAAAGAAGAUUGAGAAAUUCCACAGUCAACUAAUGCGACUUAUGGUAGCCAAGGAAUCCCGCAGUGUUGCCAUGGAAACAGACUGAAGGGUUUGAAAUGAAGACUGUUUGCCACGUUCUUAGAAGUAAAUGUCUUUUAACUUUGAGACCGAAAAUACUUUAUGUAACUAAGUGGGUUAUUCAGAAGACCUGAGAUCAUUUUUUUGUACUUUUUUUUGUUUGUUUUUGUUUUCUUCUCUUUUUCUUUUUGUACUUUUUAAAAAGUGUUUACUUUAGAGAGCUAGGAAUGUAAAUGCUUUCAGUUAGAAAGCCUUUAUUUUUGGAAAUUGAACAAGAAAUGCAUCUAUCUCGGAAACUUUGCAGAUUAUUAGAUGCAAGGCAAAAUAUAUUAUUAUUUCUUUUGGUAAAUUUGCAUCAGUAAUUGAAAUUGAGAUGUCAAGAAAAGCAUAUUCUUCCUUAAAUUUAGUAUAUCCAUCUUUAAAAAACAUUAAAUGUAACCAGUUUUGCUGGAUUAAUAGAUUUCUUUUAGAGCAUACAAUUUGUGCUGUUGAUGACCACCAAAUAUAUAAUAACUAGAAUUUACUGUACAGCAGUAUACUGAUAAUGUACAGUAGUGUCUCGAUUGUACCCCAAAGUAAUUAGGAAAACCUAUGCUUUACCUUAAACUUUCCAAAUUUAAACAAUAUUUUUGAAUAUAAAGGAUUCAUAGUAUUAUCUUGUUGAGCAGACUUACUUUGAAUCUAGUUUUCAGUGCCCAAAACACCGAAGAGUUCCUUUAAAUGCACGAAGAGAACGAUCACUGAUGGACUGAAAGCACCAUAUUACAGAAAUAUUUGCCAUAUAUUUCCAGUUUCUCAGAAGGGCUAUGGAUUAUGUAAACUGUUAAACCUUUGCAUACCUCUCACCUCCCUGCUCAUUUCGCUCUUUGCUUAACCAAAGUGUUAAAGCAUGACUG